GCAGUGCAAUACAGCUAGCAGAGAGACUACUAAAAUCAAAAUGUCAGCGCCCAUGAAAGGAAAAGGAUUCCUUCAACUUGUUCAAGUCAUACAGAAGAACUCGUUUCUUCGUUACGGGCUUCCAAUGCUGGUGUUGAUCGUUGGUGGUGCCUAUGGCUUGAAAGAGUUUCGAACACUCAGAUAUGAAAUAAUCGAUAAGAGGAAGACGGUUGAUCCAGAAACUGAGGCAAGAAUGAAACAACUUCAGAAAGAGAAAAAGAAUUCUGUAACUGAAGAAUUUGAGAAAAUGCGACGGUCUGACUUGGACGCCUGGCACAACAUCCGAGGACCCCGGCCAUGGGAGGAUUCUAAAGAGUUUCAGAUGAUGGCGAGAGAAAAUAUUGAGAAGACCAAACAGAUAUCAAUAAAGAGAUAGCAUGAUCUCAUUUAUAUCAGGAUUUAUGCAUAUUUCAUUCUAAUAAGACUUGUGUGUUCAUCCUGUCAAUGUGUUCAUAAUAUGAACAUCUGCAGUUCUUUUACAGAUUGCACUAAAGUGCAUGUAAUGUGUGUAAGACUUGACUAAAGUAUAAGCAGUAAUAUGUAGUGACUGAAUUCAAAGAUGCUCAUUGAUAUGAAUGCAUAACAGACAGGAAAUAUGAAAGAUUAUGGAUUGAGAAAAAAGUGUCUUCAUAAUUUGAAAUAUUUUUGUCAAGUUUUGUCCAUGAUUGAACAAUCAAAGUUUGGGUAAUUUUAUUGUCAGGUGAUGUUUCUAUGCAGGUUAUUAACAAAUGGUUGUCUGCUCUUGAUUUUGUUCUGAGAUAUUAGAUGUUCACAUUCUUUAAAAGUGAUACAUAGGUACAUACUCAAACCUCGAGUGGCAAUUUGGCAAAGCCAAGUUUUUAUGUUCUUUCAUGACGGUAUACAGAAACUAUUAUACCAGUGCCCUAAAUACAAUUGCAAGAUCAGUUUAAUCACAUCUACUAGUAAGGAAUUGUAUAUGAAGAAAUCAUCCGAAUGGAAAUUGAUUGCCUGUGUGAAAAGAUCAUUUGCAUAGAUUAGAAAGUCAGUUGAACAGGAUUUGUUUUAAGAUUUUUAUAUUAAAUUCCACAAUUUUUUGUUGUUAACUUGCAUAGUUGCAUUACAAUAGAAAUGCAUUAACUUUGUAUAAUAUGUAUUUCUGUAGGUAUUUUGACAUCUAGAGACUAAUGAUACAGAUAAAGAGAUACUUCAAUGUGAAUAAUAGAUACUUAUUUUAAGUAAGUAUGGUAGUUUUAUUUUGUUAGAAAUGUGAUUUUUAUAUUUGACUCUCAUUGUACUGUCUAGGAAUGGAUUGGGCUUUCCCCUGCUCUAAACCUUGAAUCCAGGAACAAUUGUACAUGUAAUUGUGUGUCUCAAAGCUUUGAGAAUUUUUCCUUCAAUUAUGAGUUUGUUAUAUGACAAAUAAAAGAACUGUGAUCAAUGUCCUAAAUCUAACAACAUCAGAAAUUAUGAUAUUUCACUUUCUCAAAAUCUUAAAUUGAUGUUUAUAUUGGCAGUCGGAUUAUAAUUAAAGAUAUGCAAUGAGCUACACUGUUUAUCCAAUGCAGCUCACCCAAUUAAUUUUUCUUAUGGUAUGAUUGCGUCAUCUCUGAAAUAAAUAUAUAUUGAGUCAAAAGCAAAAUACAGAGUUUGAAAACUUU